AUGUCCCGGAUGGUCGUCUUUGGGUACCGGAGGAACAUGCUUCUGAGGCUCGAGCUGACCUCCAAAAGCCUUCUGAUUGAGGUCAAGUCGCACUUGCUGAGGACCUGGUACAUAUUAGUUGUCUGUACCUGCCCUGCAGGAUGCAUUGAACACGCUCACGCUUCCUCACGCAAAAUGCUCGUCUCUCUCACAGUCGGCAAGGUUGAUGCCGGAGUGGCCGUGCUGCUGACGGAAGACAAGCGUCUGAUUGAGUUCCCCUCGAUAUUGCUUCCACCAGAUAUAUCUUCCGGGUCUAUGGUAGACAUUGAUGUCGCACGCAACUACAAAGCCGAAGCCGACGCACAGAAAGCCUUCCAUGAGCUCCAGUCUGAGAUCUUCCGCACCUUUGGCCAGCGUACGCCUUCAGCACCCAUUCUCAAAUGUCGCAAUGCCACACAAACCUCAGUAGUGCUCGAGUGGGAGCCCAUAGAUAUCGCGACUGCCGAACUCCGCAGCCUGACGCUAUAUCGCAAUGGUAACAAGGCGGGCACAAUACCCAAGCCUAGCGACCAACACAGCACAAAGCUGAGCGGCCUGGCAGUGGACACUGAAUACGAGUUCCACUUGGUCCUUAAAACCAGUGCUGGCACAUUCAGCAGCGAGAAACUGAAGGUACAUACGCACAAGAUGACGGAUCUGUCUGGUAUCACAAUCACACCCGGCCACAUGCCCGCCUCACUUCGAGAAUCGCUGCAGCGAUCUGUAGAACGAAUCGGCGCUAAGAUUUCGGAUAACGUACGCAUCGAUACAACACACUUUGUGUGCACUGAAGGCAGAGGGCCGUCUUGGGAGAAGGCAGUGGAGAACAACAUUCCUGUCGUGGUACCCGACUGGGUCAUAGGAUGCGAGAGAGAGGGCAGAAUCGUCGGUGUAAGGAGCUACUACUUGAAUGCAGAUCCCAGAUUACGGAACGUUGGUCCCGGAGCGUCCCAGCAACCGCCUCAGCAGUCCCAGCAGCAGCCACCACAGCAGCAGCAGCAACCCAGAAGUCCACUGAUGAGCCCAAGGACCGAAGUCACACCCCCCACACCUGAACGCCUGACGCAUGACCGCAAUGCAAACGGCGGAGCGCCUCCCCCACCACCAAAGGACGAUGUGAGCUCGAGAGUAGCUCAGUAG